AACUUUUUAAAAACCCCUCGAUCGAGUUCUUUUUUUCUUUUUUUUUCUUUGCAUUGUUCAUCUUCAUUUCACAUCUAGCAUCAUCUCAUCAUUCCCAUCUGUAUACUACCCACAUACACCACACCGUCACAUUAAUACAUAAAUAUGUCCGUCGUCGGUAUUGAUCUCGGAAACUUGCAGACAAUUAUUGCUGUCGCAAGAAACCGUGGCAUUGAUGUUAUUUGCAAUGAGGUUUCAAACCGCUUCACACCAUCACUGGUCUCAUUUGGUCCUAAGCAGCGCUAUCUCGGCGAGACCGCCAAGACACAGGAGAUUUCCAACUUCAAGAACACUGUCUCGUGCUUGAAGCGUAUUAUCGGACGUACCUUUGCAGACAAGGAAAUUCAGGAGAUCGAGAAGCAAUACUUGACUGUUCCUUUGGUCGAUAUCAAUGGUCAGCUUGGUGUCAAGGUCAACUAUCAAGGACAGGAAACCACCUUUACUGUGGUCCAGAUCUAUGCCAUGUACCUUACCAAGAUGAAAGAGAUCGCUACAGUUGAGACCAAAUUGCCAGUCUCCGACUGUGUCAUCGCCAUCCCUUCCUGGUUCACAGAUGUUCAGCGCCGCGCUGUAUUAGAUGCAUCUGAAAUUGCGGGAUUGAAUGUCCUUCGUCUAAUCAACGAUUCCACUGCCAUUGCCCUCGGCUAUGGUAUUACCAAGACCGACCUUCCCGAGGAGAAGCCUCGCAAUAUCUGCUUUGUCGAUGUCGGUCAUUCUUCAUACACUGUCUCCAUUGUCUCGUUCAUUAAGGGUCAACUUACUAUCAAAGCCCGUGCUUUUGACAGACAUUUUGGAGGCCGUGACUUUGACCGUCUGCUUGUGAAUCACUUUGCUGAUCAAUUCAAGACCAAAUAUGGCAUUGAUGUCAAGUCGAACGGCAAGGCCAUAAUCCGUUUAAUGGCUGGGUGUGAGAAGCUCAAGAAGGUUCUUUCCGCUAAUUCCGAGGCUCCUUUGAAUAUUGAGUCUAUCAUGGAGGAUCGCGAUGUUUCCUCGAUGAUGAAGCGUUCCGAAUUUGAGGAGCUAGCAAAGGAUUUGAUCUCACGUUGUGAAGCUCCCCUCAAGAAAGCUCUGGAUGAGUCUGGAUUGAAGAUCGAGGAUAUUGAUGCUGUCGAGAUGGUCGGAGGCAGUAUUCGUAUUCCUGCCCUGAAGGAACGUAUCCAAGCUUUCUUUGGCAAGGAGCUCUCUUCGACCCUCAACCAAGACGAGGCUGUUGCUCGUGGUGCUGCUCUUCAGUGCGCCAUUCUGUCGCCCUCGUUCAAGGUCCGCGACUUUACUGUUCAGGAUAUCACCAGUUAUCCUAUCAAGAUCACUUGGCAGCCUACUCCUGAGGAGGAUGAAACUGAACUGGUUGUGUUCAACAAGAAUAACUCCAUCCCCUCAACAAAGGUCUUGACUUUCUACCGUUCAGAGCCAUUUGAUCUUGAGGCACACUAUGCUGAGCCACAGGACAUUCCUGCAGGCAUCAACCCAUGGAUCGGUCGCUUCUCUAUCAAGAAGGUUGAGCCAGUUAAUGGUGAAGCUGCCUGCGUCAAGGUCAAGGCUAGAGUCAACAUCCAUGGUAUCUUGAGUGUUGAAAGUGCAUAUGUUGUUGAGGAAGUCCUUAAGGACGAACUGAUUGAGGAAAAUGCUAACGCUGAGGAGAAUCCCGAUGCACCUUUGACUCGCAAGGUCAAGAAGUUGGUCAAGAAGGGAGAUCUACCCGUUGUCAGCGCCACUUCCAGCCUCGAUCGCUCCAUCAUCAACGAGCUGAGAGAGAAGGAAAAUGAGAUGAUUGCCUCUGACAAGUUGGUAGUCGAUACCGAGAUGGCUAAGAACACUUUGGAGGAGUUCAUCUAUGAUACCCGCUCCAAGGUCAGUGGAGGUGCCUACAAAGAUUAUAUCAACCCUGCCGAUAAGGAUAAGUUUAUCCAGGACUUGAAUGAUGCCGAGAAUUGGCUCUAUGAUGAGGGUGAGGAGACCACCAAGUCUGUCUACUUCGACAAGUUGAAGGAGCUCCAGGUGGUCGGCAAUCCUGUCAUUCAUCGUUAUCGCGAGGCAGAGGCUCGUCCUCUUGCAGGCCGUGAACUUCGCGAGACCAUCAACAAUCUCUUGGCUCAGGCCACUAGCACAGAGGAAAAGUAUGCCCACAUUCCUGAAGCCGAGAAGAACAGCAUUGUUGAGAAGUGUUCGAAGGCACAGACAUGGAUUGAGAACAAAGAAGAGCGCCAGUCAAUGUUGAAGAAGUAUGAAGAACCCGUUGUGACCUCAGCUGAGAUCCGUAAGCAACGUGAUGACCUUAUCUACUUUGCUACACCUAUCCUUAACAAGCCAAAGCCCAAGCCUGUUGUUGUGGAUACUCCCCCUGCAGAAGCAUCAACGCCAUCCACCCCAGAGACCAAGAACACCCCAGAGACCAAGGAGGAUGACACCAAGGAUAUGGACAUUGACUAAAGAAAUAAGAAAAAAAGAAAGCAACAAAGCAACACAAUCCUGUUUGUACAAAGCAUCAAAAUAAAUAAAUAAAUUGCAUGAUUUGAGUCUGUGUAAC